CACGCACGCGGGAGGGGGGCCGGGCUGCCGAAUCUGCUAGGUGAUUCUGCGGUAGCUGCGGCAACGGUGGCGGCGGCUGCGGCUGUGGCUGCGGCGACUGGAGGGAAGCGGCCGCGGAGGACAGCGGUGGCUGCAGGUCAACAAAACUCAGUUACUUAGUUGCUGAAACUUCCCUGCCAACAUGGGGGAGCUUUUCCGCAGUGAAGAGAUGACAUUGGCACAGCUUUUCCUACAAUCUGAAGCUGCUUAUUGUUGUGUCAGUGAAUUGGGGGAACUUGGGAAAGUUCAGUUCCGGGAUUUAAAUCCAGAUGUGAAUGUAUUCCAACGAAAAUUUGUCAAUGAAGUUCGGAGAUGUGAAGAAAUGGAUCGUAAACUCCGGUUUGUUGAAAAGGAGAUAAGGAAAGCUAAUAUCCCUAUCAUGGACACAGGUGAAAAUCCAGAGGUGCCUUUCCCCCGGGACAUGAUUGACCUAGAGGCAAACUUUGAAAAGAUUGAAAAUGAACUGAAGGAAAUCAACACAAACCAGGAAGCUUUGAAGAGAAACUUCCUGGAACUGACGGAAUUAAAAUUUAUACUUCGCAAAACUCAGCAGUUUUUUGAUGAGGCUGAAUUGCAUCAUCAGCAGAUGGCGGAUCCAGACUUGUUGGAGGAGUCAUCAAACCUCUUGGACCCAAGUGAGAUUGGAAGAGGCACACCCUUACGGCUUGGCUUUGUGGCUGGUGUAAUUAACCGGGAGCGCAUCCCUACAUUUGAGCGCAUGCUAUGGAGAGUGUGCCGGGGGAAUGUAUUCCUGCGUCAAGCUGAAAUUGAAAACCCCCUGGAGGAUCCUGUAACUGGAGACUACGUGCACAAGUCUGUAUUUAUCAUUUUCUUCCAAGGUGAUCAACUGAAAAACAGAGUCAAGAAAAUUUGUGAAGGGUUUCGAGCUUCACUCUAUCCCUGCCCUGAGACACCACAGGAGAGGAAGGAAAUGGCUUCUGGAGUUAACACCAGGAUUGAUGACCUCCAAAUGGUUCUAAACCAAACAGAGGAUCACCGACAGAGAGUCCUCCAGGCAGCUGCUAAAAACAUCCGUGUCUGGUUCAUCAAAGUGCGGAAGAUGAAGGCCAUCUACCAUACCCUGAACCUGUGCAACAUUGAUGUGACCCAGAAGUGUCUGAUUGCCGAGGUCUGGUGCCCUGUUGCUGACCUAGAUUCCAUCCAGUUUGCUCUGAGGAGAGGCACGGAGCAUAGUGGCUCUACAGUGCCUUCCAUUCUGAACAGGAUGCAGACAAACCAGACUCCCCCAACUUAUAACAAAACCAACAAGUUUACAUCUGGCUUUCAGAACUUGGUAGAUGCUUAUGGCAUUGGAACAUACCGGGAGAUUAAUCCAGCUCCCUAUACCAUCAUCACUUUCCCUUUCCUGUUUGCUGUCAUGUUUGGAGACUUUGGCCAUGGGAUUUUGAUGACCCUCUUUGCUAUCUGGAUGGUGAUGAGAGAGAGCCGAAUCCUCUCCCAGAAGAAUGAGAAUGAGAUGUUUAGCACUGUGUUUAAUGGUCGGUAUAUCAUUCUGCUUAUGGGUGUGUUCUCCAUCUACACUGGACUUAUCUACAAUGACUGCUUUUCCAAGGCACUUAACAUAUUUGGGUCAUCCUGGAGCGUCAGGCCAAUGUUCACAUCUAAUUGGACAGAAGACACACUUCGAGGAAAUCCUGUUCUCCAGUUAGACCCUGCCAUCAAAGGUGUGUUCGAGGGACCUUACCCUUUUGGCAUUGAUCCGAUUUGGAACAUUGCUACCAAUAAAUUGACCUUCCUCAACUCAUUUAAGAUGAAAAUGUCUGUCAUCCUUGGUAUAAUCCACAUGAUAUUUGGUGUUACUCUCAGCCUUCUUAACCAUACCUAUUUCAAGAAGCCUCUGAAUAUCUACCUUGAGUUUAUUCCUGAAAUUAUCUUCAUAACUUCAUUGUUUGGCUACUUGGUUAUCCUCAUUUUUUAUAAAUGGACAGCCUAUGAUGCUCAUUCUUCUAAGGAUGCGCCAAGCCUUCUGAUCCAUUUUAUAAACAUGUUCCUUUUCUCCUACUCGGACUCCAGUAAUAAGAUGCUUUAUUCUGGGCAGCAAGGAGUUCAGUGCUUUCUGGUGGUGGUUGCAAUGCUGUGUGUUCCAUGGAUGCUGUUGUUUAAGCCACUGAUCCUUCGCCAUCAGUAUUUAAGAAGGAAACAUUUGGGAACUCACAACUUUGGUGGGAUCAGGGUGGGCAACGGACCGACUGAGGAGGAUGCUGAGAUUAUUCAGCAUGACCAACUCUCCACCCAUUCAGAGGACGCAGAUGAGCCUACCGAGGAUGAAGUGUUCAACUUUGGUGACACCAUGGUGCAUCAAGCCAUCCACACCAUUGAAUAUUGCCUGGGCUGCAUCUCUAACACAGCCUCCUACCUUCGGCUCUGGGCCCUCAGUCUUGCUCAUGCUCAGCUAUCUGAGGUGCUCUGGACCAUGGUGAUCCAUAUUGGUCUGAAGGUGGAGAGUUUAGCAGGAGGUUUGGGCCUGUUCUUCAUCUUUGCAGGAUUUGCCACACUGACUGUUGCCAUCCUCCUGGUGAUGGAGGGCCUUUCUGCCUUCCUCCAUGCACUAAGGCUGCACUGGGUUGAGUUCCAGAAUAAGUUCUACAGUGGGACUGGCUUCCAGUUCUUCCCCUUCUCCUUCGACCACAUUCGUGAAGGAAAGUUUGAAGAGUGAUCCAGUGGCCCAGGCCAUCCCAGUACACCUCGUUCCCCUAUUGCGAUGAUUAGCUCUUCUAUCCAGUCUGUGUUUGUUGUGAUCCCCGAGGCCUGGCUACCACUGGACCUCUCUAGACAUCUGUGGAAGUCAUGUAGACUGUGAUUGCUCCCCUGUUCUGUCCCUGGUCCCCACAGCUUUGUGUUCCAUGAAGAGCUUGAGCAGCACAGCCGUGAUUCUGAUGUAGCCACUGACUAGAGAGCCAACUUACCUUCCCAGCCUCCUGCCCAUUAGACAUUAUAGAGUCCGGGGGAAGACCUCUCUCUCUCUCCAGUCUAUGGUUCACUACCCUUCUCACAUUCGUAUCUAAGCAGCAGCAGGUGUUUGGGGGAGUUGACAUUUUUUUUCUUCCCCUCUUGUUAGACAAGGGAAACGGUAGCUCCCCACUUGUGUGUGUCCCCUGAAACUCUAGCAGGAAUUAUUGGAGGAAUUCCCAAAUCUCUUACCUCAGGAAGGAGGAAAUUCAUUUAAAUUCAAUAACAGAUCUUGGAAGGUGGAAAUUUGUACCUCCUUCCCUGUGCCCUUCAGCCAUGAACCUUUGUGAGUUUUGUUGCAAUCUGGAGCUCAAAUGGAGCACAAAGAGGGUGGAAGUGGCCUGGGCCUCAGACCAGGAACUUCUUCCUCUUUCCUCUUCAAAACCCACAUGUUCUAAGGAGGUUUCUUUAUUUGAGAUUUCUAACUCCUCAAUCCCUCCCAUAUAUCCAAAGUGCAGAGGAGGAGUUAUUUAGAGCAAGAGUCCUUGCUUUCUCCUUACCCCAUUGGGAUUUCCCUCUCCUAGCUGACAUUUAUCCUCCCCGCCCCAGGCCUUUCACAACUCCUUUGGCCCCCAUCGCUUUGUUGUUUUGGGGUGGGGGGGUGAGGACAGCUGAACACUAUUUUGCACUGAGACUUAACCUAUUUGGAACAGAAUAGGAGAGCCCCAAAGAUCCUGACCCCUUCCCUCCUCCACAAUCAUGCUGUUUUGGUAUGGACUAUGACUACCCACAUUCUCUUUGUGAGACUGGUGGACCUUCCUUGUUUUUCAGAGCUCUUGUGCCCUUUCCCACCCUCAAGCUUGCUUUUCAGAAAUACCUAUACUUGGGCAUGGGAAGUGGUGCCAGGGAAAAGUAGCUUUACCUCCACCCAGGUUGCUGAAUGUGAUCAGUGAACUGUACUUCUGGAGGAUACACUUCACCUUGACCCACAGCGGGCUGUCAGGUUUAUGGCCCUUUAAUCAUGUGUUGGCACAAUGGCCCCAGUAGCCAUGACAGUGGUGGCUAAAUUGGCAUCUUCCCCACACAUUCCCUAAAUGGGCCAGCCAUAUCCUUACUAUCAUUCCUGGCCUUUACAAAUGAAUCAAUAUAGGCAGUUCCUCUGACCAGUGCCCUCUCUGUCAGGCAGUGAGAGGGUGUUUAAGUUUAUCUGGGACAUGUGAGCACAGCUCUGAAAGAAGAUGGUUGGGGGAGAAAGGGAGGAUGGUUCUACUUCCCCAGGGAAAAGAAAUGCCUGAACCAAAGAGGGUGCCAUUGGAGAAUGAGAUCAGGGGGAGCCUGGUUCCUUGUGUGUUGGUUGCUGUGACCUGCCUCAUUUCCUUGUGCAUGGUGCUCCCCUGCCCACCCUGGCCCUUGUUUACAUGAUCUUUGCUGUGUGUUUACAGUAGAGUUUGUUUAAAAUGGAGUCGCCUAAGAGGAAGCCCUGUGCAAGGGCUCUCUGCAAACAUGCCUCUGCUGAAUAAAGUGUGUUUAGCUUCACUCAGAAA